AUGGCCCUGACCACCGCGCCAAUAAAACCAGCACCGUUUUGUGACGAUAGGAAAGAACUUCCACCACCUCCGCCGACUGUUGCAACACCUUGUGACCCCUGGCCUCGGCCAUAUUACCUCGAAAAUGGCCUUCGCCGCGUCGCUCCCUACCAUUUCACCUACAACACCUAUUGCAAGCAACGAUGGCGGGGACGGGAGAUUCUCGACAUCUUCGCAGCUGAGUUCCGCGACCGGACUCGCGAAUACUACAAGACUGCGAUCGAGACAGGGCAGAUUGCGAUCAAUGGGAAGCCAUGUAAAGAUGUCCACACCAUUGUUCAGAAUGGAGAUGUCGUCUCUCACACCCUGCACAGGCAUGAGCCACCGGUGACGGCCCAGCCCAUUCGAGUCAUCCACGAGACAGACAACAUGAUCGUGAUCGACAAGCCGGCUGGCGUACCAGUUCAUCCAGCAGGACGAUACAAUUACAAUUCGGUCGUUGAGAUCAUGAGAGCAGAGCGGCACUUCAGUUUCAAACCCCUACCCUGUAACAGGCUUGACCGGCUGACCAGUGGUGUCAUGUUCAUUGGAAAAACAAGCAAGGAGGCGGAAGCCAUUAGCGAGAAACUCCGAGGACGAACAGUCCGCAAAGAGUAUGUUGCAAGAGUCAAAGGCAGAUUUCCCGAUGGCGAUGGCUGGGACGGGAACCCAAUGCGCGGCGGUGUUGUGAAAUGUGAAGAAAGCAUACUGCAAAUCAGUCCGAUCGUUGGCCUUAAUAGAGCACGAGCGAGCGGCAAGUCGGCGAAAACACUGUUCAGAAGGCUUGCGUAUUAUCCUCACAAACCAUAUCGAGCAGUCUCUCCAGCUCCUACGACGAUCUCCAAUGGCACAGCAACCGACGAACAAGUUGUUCGACCGGCACCGGCUAUCUCUGGGACUGAGAAUGAGGGAUAUAGCAUAGUUCACUGCCUUCCCCUGACAGGACGAACUCACCAGAUCCGUGUACAUCUACAGUUUCUCGGACAUCCGAUUACCAAUGACCCCAUCUAUAGCAACAGAGCAGUAUUCGGUCCGAACCUGGCACAAAACGAUUCGACGGGCGAGCACGACGACGAGAUUAUAGCGAGACUGAAAAAAGUUGGGAAGAGCGAGGUAUCUGACUCCAUAUCAUAUGAGCAAGAACGAGUCGCACAACUUGUGGAUCAGACGCAACAAAUGACAGUAUCUGCCACAGUCCCACUCAGGGAUGUAUCGCAGAAAGACGACCCUCACUUCAAACCGUUGCCUGCAGGUACUUUGCAUGCCGGAUCACUUGCGAGCUUAGGUGAGGAUCCUAUGCAUGAUGAUCCUCAAUACGGAGCAUUUGUCAAAGCGCAUGACGAGAUGGUGGCCGACUAUAACAAGCGCAAGGGAGAGAAGAUGACAGGAGAGAAAUGCGCAGUGUGCGAUACUCCAUUAUAUUCUGAUCCGGGACCACAUGAGCUGGGGAUAUACCUCCAUGCACUAUCGUAUGCAGAUCUGACGCCAGGAAGCUGGAGCUAUCGAAGCUCUGUACCUCGAUGGGCCCUGCCUCCGGAUGGAUUCGAGGGGCCAAGGGAAAUUGACGGAUGGGAGUAUCGAGGAGAUGAGGUUCUAGACAUAGGGGACGAGAAGGAAGACGAGAAAGCGAAGAACCGUCAAGGCCUUAAGAAGAACAAGGGAGAAUAA